CCAGCACGCGGUGUACCCCGCACGUGCUUGGAACCGUCAGGCACCAUGACGGAAGUGGUCGAGAAUGAAGAGGAGAUCGAGAUGUGGAAGAUCCGCAAGCUCGUGAAAGGUCUCGAGGAAGCGCGAGGGAACGGAACGUCGAUGAUCUCGCUCGUGAUCCCGCCGAAAGGACAGAUCAACCUCACGUCGAAGAUGCUCGCGGACGAGAUGGGAACCGCGUCGAACAUCAAGUCGCGCGUGAACCGACAGUCCGUCCUCGGCGCCAUCGGCUCCGCGCAGACGCGCCUGAAACUCUACAACAAAGUCCCCCCGAACGGCCUCAUCAUCUACUGCGGCACCGUGCUCACGGAUGAGGGGAAGGAGAAGAAGGUGAACAUGGACUUUGAGCCGUUCAAGCCCAUCAACACGUCGCUGUACUUGUGCGAUAACAAGUUCCACACCGAGGCGCUGUCCGAACUUCUGCAGUCCGAUAACAAGUACGGGUUCCUCGUCAUGGAUGGGCACGGCUCGCUGUUCGGAACGCUGAACGGGAACCACAGAGAGGUGUUGCACAAGGUGUCCGUGGACCUGCCGAAGAAACACGGAAGAGGAGGGCAGUCCGCGCUUCGCUUCGCGCGUCUGCGUCUCGAGAAGAGGCAGAACUACGUCAGGAAGAUCGCGGAGAUGAUGACGCAGAUGUUCAUCACCGCUGAUAAGCCGAACGUGAACGGCCUCGUCCUCGCCGGAUCCGCGGACUUCAAGAACCAGCUCCUUCAGUCCGACUUGUUCGACAUUCGUCUGCAGCCCAUCAUCUUGAUGAUCGUGGACGUCUCCUACGGCGGCGAAAACGGUUUCAACCAAGCGAUUGAACUCAGCGCGGACGUCCUCGGGAACGUGAAGUUCAUCAAGGAGAAGAAGCUCAUCGGGAAGUACUUCGACGAGAUUAGCCAAGACAGCGGGAAGUACUGCUUCGGGCUUAAGGACACGCUCGCGUGUUUAGAGAUGGGCGCGAUCGAGACGCUCUUGGUUUGGGAAAACUUGGAGGUGAACCGGCACACGUUGCUGAACAAAUCGACGGACGUGGAGGAAAUCGUGAACCUCACCCAGGAGCAGGAGAAGGACGACUCGAACUUUAAGGACAAGGAGACCGGCGAGGACCUCGAGUCCACGCACAGCGAGUCCCUGCUAGAGUGGUUCGCGAACAACUACAAAAAUUUCGGGUGCGUGUUGGAGUUCGUCACGGACAAGUCCGAGGAGGGGUCGCAGUUCGUGAGAGGGUUCGGCGGGAUCGGCGGCAUGUUGCGGUACCAGGUCGAUCUCGCCGCGUUCGAGGUCGCGUCCGACGCGGGGACGUUCUCCGGCGAUGACUCGAGCGACGACGAGGGAUACAUCUGAUCAGGGGGGAGCGGCGCGGCUACCCCCGCCGACGAGCGACGCGACGGCGUUCGUCUCGUUUUUUGCGCUUUGCGCGAGUUGAAGAAGAGCGUCGACGGCUCGGUCGUCGUGUUUUAUUAGACUCUCUUUUAUAACAACGUUCGAAACAAUGCG